CGCUUUCGUACCGAUAAAGUUCCACUUUGUAUACCGUGACGUAGACCUGACUGCCUCCUCAGUGCGCAUGCGCAGCCUCGGCACACGUGAAGCAGGCGACAUGGCAGAGAACAAAGAAGUACCGUUGGACCGGGCUCAGGUGAAGAAGGCCGUCCAGGCCCUGCAGGCUUUCCUGAAAUCAAAGUCCAGCGGAGAUGCUCUGCUGCUGGAUGAGAGCCAGCCGAUCAGCCUGCUCUUCACCCUGUGGAAGAUCCCCAGACAGACGCAGACCAUCCGCAUUCCUCUGCCUCACGGCCAGCCUGACACCCACGAGGUUUGCCUCUUCACCAAAGACGAGCCCAGGAUGACGGCGGAGCAGAACCAGAGGUUCUACAAGAAGCUGCUGGAGGAGCGGGGCGUCACCAACGUCUCAGAGAUCAUCCCGCUAAAAACCCUGAAAUAUGAAGCCAAGCGGCGGCUGCUGGGAAACUUCGACAUGUUCCUGUCCGAUGAGCGGAUCCGCCGCCUGCUGCCGUCGCACCUGGGGAAACAUUUCUACAAGACCAAGAAAAUCCCGAUCUCCAUCAACCUGCAGAGCAACAAUCUGGGCCGAGACGUCCAGCGGCUCGUCCAGGGAACCAGACUGACCAUCACCAACAAAGGCUGCUGCAGCAUGGCGCAUGUGGGUCACGCCAACAUGACGGCCGACCAGGUGACGGACAACGUGGAGGCGGCGGUUCGGACGGUGGCCGCCAAGCUGCGGAUGAAAGGACCAAUCAUGAAGCUGAUCCACUUGAAGAGUCAGAGUUCAGUGGCGUUGCCCAUCUACACGUCCGACCUGAGCCACGUCAGCGUCCUGCAAAGAUCCAAGAAAAAUUCAAAACCAAAGAAGAACGAGGCGGGAGAUGAAAAUGAAAAAGAAACAACAAAGGAACAGAAGAAGAAGAAACAGAGGGAGGAGGAAGAGGAGAUCCCACAGCUGGUUCCCAUAGAAACGCCCAGCAAAAAACCCAAAAUGGAGGUCGGUGUUUCCUCCUCCCUCUGCAGCAGCUGCAGUCUGACGUCUUCACCACGUUUAUCGAUUUUAUUUUAUUUCUUUCAGAAAUCGACCAGAAACAAACCGAUGCAGAAACCAACCAAACCUGCCGCAGCAAAGAAGGUCACCACGGGGUCAAAGGUCACCAAGGCUUCGAUCAAAGCAACCAGGAAGGCCGGCAAGGUGGCGCAGAAAGGAAGGAGAAAAGUCCCUGGAGGGAAAUGAUUCUCCUGCACAGACUGAGAGUUCACAGGAUCCGAUUCUGUUUGAUUGAUUUGUAUCCAAAUCACCGAGUUAUUAAACCCGUCAGCUGGAAAAACCUUCAACGUUU